AUACAUGUUGACCCCGGCGUGAGUGAGUUGCUUCUUCUGGUGGCUAAGGACAAAUAUUUGAAACAGUUUUUGAAACGAGCCAGGGACUCCUCCCCUCUCCAUGUGUCGGCCCUGAUGGGCGGCUGGUCUCGCAGUGCGGUGCUGGACCUGUACCGGGCUCUGCUCCGUGCAGGGCGCCAUCUUCAGCACACUGACCGCAACUACUACCAGCGUGCCGUGGCCCGCGAGUUCCGCCGUUGCCAGGCACUGACGGCGCCCACCGCCAAGGAGGACGCUUUGAAGAGGGGCCAGUUCUUCCUCAGCAGCCGUCUGGGGGGCCUGGUGUAGCGGGGGGGCCUGGUGUAGCGGGGGGACCUG